AUGAUGAUGACGCAGUCCUACUACGCAGGAGAAUUCGACUCUCUUGGCCGUCCACCUUACAGAGCUCCGGUCACUCCCGGCCACUAUGGGCGACCUGGCGCUUACGAUCAUGGCUACUACGAACCGCAGCACGAGCUACGUUCUGAUUAUCUCGGUCGCUCAAGCGCGGGUACGUUGAUAAACGAGCAUGGUCCGGAGAGCGCGCUUCCUGGCAAUUCGCGAAGGCGAAUUCAAGUCGCAUGUUCCAGAUGCCGCCGACGCAAGAUCAAAUGUACCGGUGAUCCUGGCGAUGGUACUGGCUGUUCAGCUUGUCGAUCAGCCCAGGCUGACAAGGCUUCCUGCACGUUCAACAGAGUGGGCUCCAGGGAAGUGCCAUUGCCUCAAUUUGAGGUUAUUCCGGCCAGUAGCACCAGUAUCCCGAAUGUGACCCCGACGACGACUUCCUAUCCCGUUGAAGCGACUUCGAACCUCUAUAAUGGUAGCAACACAACACAGGUUGGCCUUCAGCGCCCUUCUCUGCCAAUGCUACAUACACGCACUGCGUACCCUGACUACGACUCCUACAAUACAUCACCUGUAGAGGACUACACCUACGCUUCGUCCGCACUUCCUAGACACGAGUCAAUUGCGAGCAGCUACAGCGCCGAAAGCUUUCGUCCGUAUACAACAGGCUCACUGUCAGCACCUUCAGUCAGUGCCAAUAUCUACUACGAACCUGCGGCAGCAUACAGCUUCGGCAAUCUGCAUACUGCACCAGGCUACCCAGCCAAUACUCCGAUGGCUCGGCUACCAAGUGUCACGGCCGAAACUCCAUUGAACAUGAGCUCAUUGCAUUCCUCACUGCCAACACAGACCGUACAGGAGCGACGACUCCCCGUCCCCUACGCACCACAGCAGGCUACAUAUUCAUCAACAGAAGUGCCUCAGAUACGACCGUUGACUUCCUUCACAGAGCCGCCGCGCCGAGCUCACGUCGGAGGUAUUUACAGUCGCAAUAGUAUGUCAUGGUCAAUGGCAAGCCCUGGGGCGUCUCGCAACACUUCUGUCAGUGGUGGUUCCACCUCGGCAUUGCACGGUCUUCCCGGCAUGUCGUCAACCGUUGCAGACUCUGCCCAAAAUACAGCACCGAUCCUCGGGUAUCAAUUCAGUGCUCCAUCAACCAGCCCUGAACCAUCUCCAACAAAUGGGCGUGCCAUUUCAGAGAGUUUUUCCGGCCCUGCUGCAAGUUCUGGAAGUGGCAGUGCAUCGAUGCUGCCACCCGCCAAUGUUCGAUACAGCACUGGAAACUCAGUGAGCUCCCUGUCGACUUCGAGCGACGCGGACGAUUCGCGACGCCCGUUGACCUCACAAGGGGCUCCAGCCAGUCUGUACAGUUUCAGCGGAGGAGUCGAAGCUUCCGGCCGCUCUACUCCUAGUCAGCACACCAAGCAGGUCGCGAACGAAGCCGCCUCCGCCACCUCAUACCAGCAAGGCUAUCCACAGCUUCGUCACCCACAACCUCAACACGCCGCUAGUGUGGACCAAUUGCGCCGUCGCUCGUCAAAUGAUCAGCAGCAGCAUGCGACUACCGCACAUCGCAUGUCGGUCUCAAACCUUAACGCGCGCUACUGA